AUGUCUGUCACUACAAUCAACCCCUUCGCGAACCCGCGCAUUGGCGUCGCGGCGAUUGUCCAGCGCAAGGACGGCAAGAUCGUAGUCGGCAAGCGGGAGAGUAGCCACGGCGCAGGUACAUGGCAGCUCCCCGGCGGCCACCUCGAAUUCGGAGAGUCCAUCGUCGGCUGCGCGGAGCGCGAGACGGCGGAGGAGACGCAGCUCAAAGUCAAGGCGAGAAAGAUCGCCGGCGUGACGAACGACGUGUUCCAGGAGCAGGGGAAGCACUACGUGACGCUGUUCGUGAGGUGCGAGAUGGAGGAUGAGGCGGCUGAGCCGGUGAACCUGGAACCUGAAAAGUGUUCUGGGUGGUACUGGAUGUCGUGGGAUGAGGUCAGAGAGAUCAACGCAAAGGCGAAGGAGGGGGGUGCAAUGAAGCUGUUUAUUCCGCUGGCUCAUCUCAUUGAAGAGAAUCCCGGUAUUGAGAAUGCCUGA